AUGCCCCCUUUCGUUCCGCGGCAGCGAAAACAUAAAGUCAUAGCCCGGUCGAAAGAAAAUGGAAAGAAUUCGCAGCCGAUUACCGACUCCAAUGUCCUGGAACACAUCCCCGCAGCAAAAUCCGAGCUCGAGGAGAAGAAGCGUCGCAUGAAAGAAGAGCUACGGAAAGAAGGAACUAAAAUUAGUGGAAAGAAAGCAAAGCGAUUGGAGAAAUAUAUUGAUACGAAACUCAAGAAGGAUGAGAACAGGGAGCUGAUCGCGCGACUCGCAAAAAGUACUACAGACACCAGCCAUUUCCAGAGCAGCAGAAAAUUGGGACAAGGAAAAGAGACGAAGAGAGAAAAAUUAAGCAGAGCUUUAAGGGAUAAGCAAGCUGGGAUUGAUAUCAAUGGCGACAACGACGAGCUUCUUUUCGAAAAGCGGACAAUUAGAGAAGUCGACGAUCAAGCAUCUUCCGAUGAGGAUGAGACCGUGAAUCAAUCCAGGUGGUUUCCCACUGCUAAACCAGAUACUUCGCCGUCUGCCCAACAAGCCCCGGUUGCUGCAGGUGCUGGUCUUAAGAGGCCACUCGAGGUAGAUGAAGAGGGGAAACCUGUGCUGAAGAAGCGGAAACGGAGAGGAGGAGUCCAAUCCAAGGGGCUACUACAACCCAUAAUACCAGAGGCGCGAGAACAGCCGGAAUGGGAGGGUUUUAGUUCUGAAUCCCAGGACGAUAGCGAUAGCGAUGACGAAUCCCGCUACGACAACAAGGAGGAAGACUUUUUAGAUGGUUCCGAGAGUGAUGAGCCUACGGCAGAUGCGGACUCUACAAGUGAAUCGGAAAUCGAUGAAGGCUCUGAAGAAUCUUCGUCCGAUGAUAGCGAAGAUGGCGAUGACAUAUCUCAAGUCAAGGAACGAUCUUCAGCGUUUAAGAUGUGGGCGAAUCAACAAUUGAACGAGGCACUUGGGUAUCAAUCAGUAUCGAAUACUGCGAAUGCCACAGAGACACCCAAAAUAGCAGGCUUCAAGCCUAGAGCGCUGGAACAAGAUCCCCUUCCAUUGGAGUUGCAGCCAGUUGCCAACACCGCCAGAAAGGUAUUCAGCGUUUCAGUAGAAAGACCCCCUGCUCUUCAAUCGGUUCGAUUGGAGCUUCCAGUUGUAGCAGAAGAACAGAAGAUCAUGGAGGCAAUUCACAACAACAACUUGGUUGUCGUAUAUGGAGCUACUGGAUCCGGCAAAACGACUCAAGUUCCUCAAUUCUUGUAUGAGGCAGGAUAUGGCUCACCAGACUCUCCAACACCCGGAAUGAUUGGUGUCACCCAACCUCGACGAGUCGCAGCCGUCAGCAUGGCUAAGCGUGUUGGAGACGAAUUAGGGGAUCAUGGCAAGCGAGUAGCUUACCAAAUACGGUUUGAAGGAACGGUAGGACCAGAGACUGCGAUAAAAUUUAUGACGGACGGUGUACUGCUGCGAGAAGUGGCGCAGGACAUUGCCCUUCGAAAAUACUCUGCUAUCAUCAUCGAUGAAGCCCAUGAGAGGAGUGUGAAUACGGAUAUUCUCAUUGCAAUGCUGAGCCGAGUCGUCAAAUUGCGAGAAGAGAUGGCAGCUGAAGACGAUUCAAUCAAACCCCUGAAGCUCAUAAUCAUGUCCGCCACUUUAAGGAUCACCGAUUUCACGGAAAACGAAACCCUGUUUUCCAAACCACCUCCUGUACUUCAAGCUGAAGGACGGCAAUACACUGUCACAACCCAUUUCGCUCGGAGGACGAAUCAUGACUAUGUUGAUGACGCUUUCCGCAAAAUUAGCAAAGGCCAUCGGAAACUGCCACCUGGUGGAAUCCUGGUUUUCUUGACUGGGCAGAAUGAAAUAACUCAGUUGAUGAAGAAGCUGAAGGAGGCAUUUCGAAUUGGCCAUACUGCUUCGGCACCCCAAGUUCGCGUAUCCGGCAGAGACGUACCAAUGGAAGCGGAAGACGUGGACUUUGGCAAUGUCGUGGAAGACCAGAAUGAUGAUUACGACGAAGAUGAUGAGGUGGAUAUCAAUCUUGAUGAUGAAGAGUUCAAGCUUGAAGGAGAGGAGGCAGAUACCGGACCCUCUAAAAUGCACAUUCUACCACUGUAUUCCUUGUUGCCAACUAGGGAGCAGUUACGAGUCUUUGAGCCACCACCAGAUGGAUCACGUCUUAUUGUUUUAGCUACCAACGUUGCUGAAACUAGUUUGACCAUACCUGGGAUUCGCUAUGUCUUCGACUGUGGACGAUCGAAAGAGCGAAAAUAUGAUCGAACCACUGGCGUGCAAAGCUUUGAGAUCGGUUGGAUCAGCAAAGCCAGUGCCAGCCAGCGCGCUGGUCGUGCAGGCCGUACAGGACCUGGCCAUUGUUAUAGAUUAUACUCAUCUGCCGUUUAUGAGCGGGAUUUCCAAGAGUUUGCGGAGCCUGAGAUAUUACGGAUGCCUAUUGAGGGCGUUGUGCUCCAGCUAAAAGCUAUGAACUUGCAGCAUGUGGUGAACUUCCCAUUUCCUACGCCCCCCGAUCGCCAAAGCCUUGCAAGCUCCGAGAAACUCUUAACGUAUUUGUCGGCUGUUUCACCUACGGGUCAGAUCACACCAACUGGUGCUACGAUGUCGAUUUUCCCUCUAUCUCCGCGGUUUGCUAGAAUAUUGCUAGUCGGACAUUUACACGAUUGCCUACCAUAUACCAUUGCUCUGGUGGCUGGGUUAUCCGCAGCGGAUGUGUUUAUUCCGGAAAACCAAGUUGUUCCUGCUGCUCCUCAGAAAGAAGAGGGUGAGUAUUUCACAAGCGCCGACCGCAUUGAAGAGGACAUGCGCAAUGAUAUCAGACGCCGUUUCAACAAGGUUCAGAAAGACUUUUGUUUCCUGGAUGAUAAAUCGGACGCCAUCAAACUUCUUCAGGUAGUUGGAGAAUUUGCACAUGAACCCACCGAGGCUUGGUGCCAGUCUCACUUUGUGCGUUUCAAACUACUCAAGGAAAUCCAACAGCUUCGGCGACAGAUCACAGAUCUUCUCCGGACGAAUAUAUCAGCCUUCGCAUCAUUAAAAUACCAGGAGAUGCUGGACCCGCCAUCGGUGAAACAAAUCAAGGCUCUAAAGCAAAUGGUGGCAGCAGGAUUCAUUGACCAUGUUGCUAUGCGCGCAGACUUGUCACCUAACCCCCCUGAUAUGCGACGGAAACCCUCUCGUGCUAUCGAGGUUCCAUAUCUAACACUCUUUCCCUCCCACGUUCGAUCCGAUGACGAGGACAAAGCUGUUUAUAUUCAUCCCUCAUCGCCUCUUGCUCACCUCAGCCCUCAAGAGUGCCCAGAAUACAUAAUAUAUUCCUAUCUCCAGCGGGCUGCCCCUUCUGCAGCAACGCCCGAGAAGAUCCCAAAGACGAGGAUGCAUGCUCUAACGGAUAUCACUGGAGGCCAAAUUGCUGCCUUGGCUAAGGGAACACCACUUCUACACUACGGCAAGCCCAUCAAGGAGGUGAUGCCGAAAGUAAAUGCUGGGGUUGACGCUAACGCGAGAGAGUGUUGGGUGAUUCCAUAUUUAAGGGCCGAAGGUAACGGGGGUAUUGGUUGGCCGUUACCAGCGAGGAAAGUUACGCAGAGAAAGAUCCCGGGUCGAGGAUGGGUGGUUGAAUGA